AUGAUAAAGAACCGGUUGGAAGGGUGGACGAACCGCUUCCUUAAUUUGGGUGGAAGGAUAACUCUUUUAAAGUCCGUGCUUAGUUCUUUGGCCAUUUUCACCUUGUCUCUCUAUAAUAUUCCGAAAAAGGUGGCUAAGAAGAUCACUAGUAUUCAAAGCAAAUUCCUUUGGGGAGGAGUAGAGGAAAGAAGAAGAAUUCAUUGGGUUAAGUGGGAGGAUGUCACUUUACCGUUGAAUAAAGGGGGAUUAGGAGUUAAAAAUAUUGUUUUGUUUAAUUUGGCACUUCUUAACAAGUGGAGAUGGCGGAUAAUUCAAAGGCAAGAGUCGUUGUGGUUUAAAGUCUUGAAUUCUCGGUAUGGAGAGAUUUCUUCAACUAUGUUUGUUGGUAGUGGAGGGAAUAGAAUUUCGUCGAAUUGUUCGGUUUGGUGGAAGGAUGUUGUUAAAAGUAUAUAUUCUACUUCCUUUGAUCCGAUUGAGUAUUUUUGUAGGUUUUCGAUUCAUAACGGUUUCUCCACUCCUUUUUGGGAGGCAAGGUGGUUAUACGAUCGUUCUUUAAAAGAGUUGUUUCUGGAUUUAUACGGUAUAUCUCAGUUAAAAUGUGUAUCGGUGGCGGCCAUGGGUGGUUGGAAGGAAGGAGAGUGGAUAUGGGGAGAUUUUGGUGUGUCCGAUGUCGACACGGAACAAAGUGGUUUGGUGGAGGUGUUUGUGGACUUUAAAGGAAGGUUGGAGGGAUUCAUGCAAUUAAAAAGUAAAGGUUUUGAAUUGAAAAUAAAGAUGGUGAUUCAUGUACAUCAAGACUCUUAG